CCUUCAUUUUGUUUUACACACCAUGAACUUUUUGAAAGCCACAGGACGUUCAACACGCUUCGUUCAAAAGAGAGGACUCUUCAAGUCUCAGCUCUUCAAUACUAAGUUUGCUCAACGCUCUUACUCUACCACUCCUUCUGCUCACCAAGAAGGUAGCAGCACACCUUGGGUUAUUGGCUCCCUUUUAGUUUUCGGCCCUAUUUUGUUCAAGCUGUCUUCCCCUCCUCCUCCUAAAAAGAAGGUCAAGGAAGUUAUCGAAGAACAUCUUCCUACGCCCGUUGCUAAGGCUAUUGUUGGUGAAGAAAAGGAAGAAAAGGAACCUAUCUUUCCUGCCAAGAGAGUUCAAAAGCCCUAUGUGCUUGUAGGUGCUGGUACUGCUUCUUUUGCUGCUGCUCAAGCUAUCAAGGAAAAGGACCCUGAAGCAAAUGUUAUCAUCAUUGGUGAUGAAGCAUACGCACCCUACAUGAGACCUCCCUUGUCAAAAGAACUUUGGUUCUCUGAGGAUCCCAAUGUUGCACAAACCUUGAACUUUAAGGAUUGGUCAGGUACUGAGAGAAAUGCCGUCUACCAAAAUGCUGCCGAUUAUGAAGUUAUCGAAGAUGCUUCAGGAUCUGAUAAAGAAACCACAAAGAUCAAAUUAUUACUCAAUAAGUCAGUCACUAAGUUGAACGUUGAGGACCAUAAUAUCACCUUAAACGAUGGCAGUGUUAUUUAUUACAACAAGGUUUUGUUAGCCACUGGUGGUGAACCCAAAAAGUUACCUAACCAACCUGAAAGCGAGCACAUUACUACUUUCAGAACCGUGAGUGACUUCCAAAAGUUGGAUAAGAUUGCAAAGGAUGGUGCUCAUAUUGCUGUUGUUGGUGGUGGUUUCCUUGGUUCUGAACUUGCUGUUGCUCUUGCUCAUCGCUCUGGUAAAGAAAACCUCAAGGUCACCCAAAUCUUCCCUGAGGAUGGUAAUAUGGCCAAUGUCUUCCCUGGUUAUUUGACCAAAUGGACCACAAGUCGUGUUCGUAAAUUGGGUGUUGAUGUAAAGGAAAAGAGCACUGUUCAAUCCGUAUCCGUUGACAAGGAAUCAGGCAAGACUGUUGUCGACUUAGGCAAUGGGGAAUCAUUGACUGUUGAUCAUGUCAUUGUGGCCAUUGGUAUUGAGCCUCGCGUUGAUUUGGCUCGUGAAGCUGGUUUAGAAAUUGACGAGAAGCGCGCUGGUGUUGUUGUCAAUGCUGAACUUGAAGCCCGUACAGAUGUCUAUGCCGCUGGUGACAUGGUUUCUUUCCAUGAUGUUCAAUUGGGCCGUCGUCGUAUUGAACACCAUGACCAUGCAGUCUUGAGUGGUCGCCAUGCCGGUGAAAACAUGGUGGGUGAUAUUCGUGCAUACAACCAUCAAUCCAUGUUCUGGUCUGAUUUAGGGCCUGAGAUUGGUUAUGAAGCUGUUGGUUUAAUUGAUGCUCAAUUAUCCACUGUGAGUGUUUGGGCCAAGGCUACAGCUAAUGAUACUCCCGCUGCUGCCGCUGCUUCUGAAGCCGAUAGCCCUCGUGCUGCUCCUGGUGAAGACACAUCCAAGAUAGCUAAUCCCGUCACUGAUGCUGUCAAGGCCAAGCCAAACCCCUUCCAAGAUGAAAAGUUCGGUAAGGGUCUUGUAUUUUAUGUACGUGAUCAAAAGAUUGUUGGUCUCGUUUUGUUCAACGUCUUUGGCAAGGUUCAAGAAGCCAGAGACAUUAUUAACAAUGGCUACACUUCAGACAAGAUUGAUGGUUUACUGAAGAAGUUUGAUCUUUAUGCUAAAGACCAUUAAUGUACAUGAUAGAUUAAAUAAAGUAAUUUUUUCUUGCAAAUCAUGUUAAAGAGUUUAACCCACGCUUAAGGAUAAGAUUGGCAGCCUAUAUCACAUGCACACUUUGUCAAAAAACUAUCCAAUAAAGAGACCAUGUGCGAUCAUGCUCACUAUGC